AUGGCUCACGUGGGCAAGCUCGCUAUCCCCAGGCGCUUCAUCACGGCCAACAACGAUAAGGGCGAAGCAAUAAUCGACCAUUCUAUCCCCGCCGAGGGCGACUUCGCAGAGACUGCAAAAGGAGAUGCCAGCUUCUUCCAACCCUACGUCACAAACACUUUCCCCGUUGACCUCGGCAACAGGGCAGACGUGACCGCUUACGAGGGCUACCGCAAGAGCCCUCCUGGGCUGAGCGUUUCCACUGGCACUGUCCUCCGCUACGUCGACAUGCCGCCGGGAGCUCUGUCGCCCAUGCACAAGACCAUCAGCCUCGAUUACGGUGUGGUUAUUGAGGGAAGUGUCGAGUUGGUUCUCGAUUCCGGGGAGACGCAGUUGCUGGAACGCGGCGACAUUUGUGUCCAACGCGCAACAAUGCAUGCCUGGCGCAAUGUCAGUCAGACGGAAUGGGCUAGGAUGUUGUACGUGCUGCAACCGGCGACUUCAUCGGUCCCAGGAGAGGAGCUUUCGGAGGAUUAUGGAGGUAUGCGCGGGGUAGCGUCAUCCGCUUAG